UCCGCAAUUUUUCCAAAAAAAAAAAACAUAGAUAUUUGGCUUCCUUGCGAGGCUUAUAAUCUUGUAUUCUUGUGCUCGCAUUUUAUACUAUUCCUCCAUCUCCCGUCUUCCAGACUCUCUCUCCUCUUACCAACACCUACACACAUCUGAGUUCGAUUUCAUGGCCUCGUUUAUAAGGUCAACUUGAUCGGAAUUGAUACAUAGAUCUGCUUUUUAAUCUGUCGAUCGCAGCUGUAGAAUUUACCCUGUUGAACCCAAUUUCGAAUUUUUGAUUGGGUUUUUUCAGGGUUCUGAAUUUUUAAUUCUAGGGUUUUGUUUGAUUGAUUGAUUGAGUUAGGUUGGUAUUAGUAGUGGUGGAAGUCAUGGAUGGUAACAAGGAUGAGGCUUUAAAGUGUAUUGGUAUUGCUAAAGAAGCGAUUGCAUCUGGUAACAAGGAUCGUGCUCUUAAAUUCAUUAGAAUUGCGCAGCGGCUUAAUAGCGCUUUGUCUCUUGAUGAUUUGAUUGCGGUGUGUGAAAAGAUGGAUUCCUCCGCUUCUGGCCCUUCUGAGAAUGGUAGUCAUGUUGACAAGAGUGAAACCGGGGUUUCAUCGGGACCUAAAUCUGGUGAGGUAUCUAAUGGGGAGCGGAAUUAUACGGAAGAACAUGUGAAAUUGAUUAAGCAGGUUACCAAGAAUAUGGAUUAUUACGCGGUACUUGGGGUAGAGAAAACAUGUUCUGUAGAGGAGAUUAGAAAGGCUUAUAGGAAAUUGUCUUUGAAGGUUCACCCUGAUAAGAAUAAAGCUCCAGGUGCAGAGGAGGCGUUUAAGAAGGUUUGCAAGGCUUUUAAGUGCUUAAGUGAGGAGGAUUCGAGGAGGCAGUAUGAUCAGACUGGUUUGGUUGAUGAUUUUGAGUAUAAUGAACAGCAUAAUGUUCGAAGGCGUAGACGAAGGACUAAUAAUGACUUUUUUGAUGAUGAGUUUGACCCUGAUGAAAUAUUUAGGGCCUUUUUUGGUCAGACAAACAUGUUCCAUACAUCUCAUGUCUAUAGGACUAGGGGAAUGGGCACUCCGCAAAGGGCAGAGGGUAAUGGUGGAGGGCCUAAUCUCAUGGUGUUCUUACAAUUGGUGCCAUUCUUGUUGAUCUUGUUGCUUGCAUAUCUGCCAUUCUCAGAGCCUGAAUACUCUCUCCAAAGAAACUAUUCUUAUCAAUUUCCUAGAGUGACUGAGAAAUAUGGAGUUGAAUUCUUUGUGAAGUCACCAGACUUUGAUCGAAGCUAUCCUUUAGGAAGUGCUGCUAGAGAAAAUAUUGAGGAAAAUGUUAUACAGGACUACAAGAACUUGCUGGGACGCUAUUGCCACAUUGAACUGCAACGCCGUCAGUGGAGUCGUAAUCUGCCAACUCCACAUUGUGAAAAGCUCCAGAGUUUUGGAGCGGCAUAAGGUUAAAAUGAGGCCAACCUUGGACCAACAUGGUAAAGUAGUAUAGACAGCAGCUCAUGAUACGAGGGCUGGAAUCAGAUCUUUGCGUUGUAUACUGCACCUAAGGGCUUGGUUGACUGAGGUGGCAAUGUUGAUUGUUUACCUAAUUUGCUUAUUGCCCCGCAUUCGUAUCUGAUGGUGCUUCACUGCUUCCUGAUGAUGGCAAGGGAAUGAUUUUGGCACCUACUUUAUGCUAGGAAAUACCCUAUUUUUACUCGUUUAGUCUCUUUAUUAACCCAAUUCUAUGGGAUGUCACACCUAUAUGGCUAUAUCUUGUAAUUGGUAUGGUAUGGUAUUUGCAUGCAGCGUCAGGAUAUUAGUAUACUGAAUCCCUGGUCUGUACACAGGAUCGUUAUAAUUAUAGGUGGACCGAGCAAUAAAUUAACACGUGAGGGCAUUGCAUGUCUACUAACUAUUAGAAUGCCGGUUGCUCUUCAAUCUUAAAGAGAUGAUGGUCAUUGUUUGAAGUUAUUUCUGAGAGAAUUAUUAUCCUUGUUCAAUAAUCAAGGUGUUAUGUGAGAUUUCAUAACGGGCUUAUCUAUGAACGUAGCACUUUUAGCAA